GAUUUCAACUGCUUUCAUAAUUUAUUUUUUUUUGGUGACACUUUUAUUUAAGGUGUUUGGCUGUCCCACAUGAGUCACGCCACAAGUCUCCCAGACUCCAAGGUGUUUGGCUCCAGGGGUUUGGCGGGUCCACACCUGCCUGACACCACAAAGCCCAGACAGAAGCGCUGCACCUGUUAUUCGUACACGGAUAAGGAGUGCGUCUACUACUGUCACUUAGACAUCAUCUGGAUCAACACCCCUGAGCGCACCGUGCCGUACGGCAUGUCCAGCUACAGAGGACCUCAGAGAAGGAGACGUGCUGCUGAUGGACGAGUGUCUGAGGGCGACCGGACCAAAACACGACGCUGCGUUUGUGCUGUGACCAAACCAGACCCGGAGUGUCGGGCUUUUUGUCUGUCAAGGUACAUGCAGUCAAAGGAAGAUCUUCGACGUGAAACACCGCCAACAUUCCUCACCAUUAAACCUCUGUGAGCAAGUUCCAUCAGGCCAAGUGGUUUCAUGAACUCAACAGCAGAUCUGAUGCUGAUCCCUGGAGGCUAUUCACUUUUUGUUCCUUUCUGGGAAUACCAAAGGAAUUACUUUCACCGUAAUGCCAAUAUAAUAGCCAGAGACCUCAUUUUAGUCAAGCCCAAUCAGAUGAACUCUC